GACAAAAAUAGCGCGGAACUUAAAUUCAAGAUCGAAUAGGUAUAAUUAUAAUGUAACUCCAGGCGGGAAACACGCUCUCAGACGCAUUCGCAUACCCUCCCGCUCUUUCCUACGAGCUGAAAGUAUACUUUCACCCACGAACAAUCCACAAAGCGCCAUCGACUUCGAAUUUAUAGAGACUCACCCGCAAACAAUAUGUCGAUGCACAGGUCCUUGCUGCACUCUCGUGUCUUGACAACCGCGAAAGCGUACCGGCCCUUAUCGCGCACCUCUCACCUCGCCCGGUCAUUCAGCACCACCUCCCCCACACUGGUCGACACCACCAAAGGCACUCUCCCCAUCCAAUCCACAUCCCCGUACGACCCUAUCGGGGUCAACGCCGCCCUCGCCUAUGUUUCUGAACCGAGUAGCGCCACAUUCGCACCACGUUCCAAGCUAUCGGACGAAUUUUCUCUAGCAGACCGCGUCGCACUCGUCACUGGUGCAAACCGCGGUCUUGGCCUCGAGAUGGCGCUGACGCUGUCAGAGGCAGGGGCUAGAGCGGUUUACUGCCUUGAUUUACCGGAGAAACCGGGCGAAGAAUGGGAGGCGGUGAAACGCUACGUGGAGGAGAUGAGUAAGAAGGAAGGCCGAGAGGGGCGAGUCGAGUAUAUCUCUACGGAUGUGACGGACCAGAAGAAGAUGUGGGCGGCGGGGGAGAUGAUUGCUGCAAAGGAGGGCAGGUUGGAUGUCGGUAUCGCGGCCGCAGGAAUAUUGAGAGAUAACACGGAUUGUUUGGAAUAUCCUGCACAGGACUUCAAGAGAGUGCAUGACGUGAAUGUGAACGGUGUAUUGUUCACGGCCCAGGCCGUGGGCAGACAGAUGGUGAAGUUCGGUACUCCAGGCAGCAUAAUUCUGAUAGCGUCGAUGAGCGGGAGUAUCACGAAUAAGGACCAAGCAUGGGUUUCGUACAACUCGAGCAAGAGUGCAGUGCUGCAGAUGGCUCGAAGCAUGGCCUGUGAGCUCGGACCGAAGAAGAUCCGAGUGAACGCUCUGUCGCCAGGGUACAUCUAUACGGCAAUGACGAAGGCCUAUCUCGACAAACAGCCCCACCUUCUAGAGAAGUGGUCAUCGCUGAACCCAAUGGGAAGAAUUGGACGGCCUGAUGAAUUGCGGGGAGUGACUGCCUGGCUCGCGUCUGACGCAUCUACGUUCUGUACAGGAUCCGACAUACAGGUCAGUGGAGGGCACCAAGCGUGGUGAUUCUGGGCAUUACCAGUACAGUUCCGAACGUGUGUUAUAGUGGUGGUUACGCUUGAUUUUUUCUUCUUUUAUUCUUGUCUUUUGGUUUCAUAUCGUGUACAAUGGUGUCAAGAGGAAGGAUCGAUUGCAGAUGAGGAAGCAGCUUGCCCUUUUUCGGACCGUUCCGAUCUUUCAGCCGGUUGCGGUUGCUGUGGCGUGUGGCCUAGGCUUGACAAACUAUAAAUUCCCGUCCUG